AUGGCCUCCAUCUCUACAGUGAAAACACAGGCACCCCGUGUCCCCAUCCCAGAACAUGGCGCCGACUACCGCGGCACAGUCGUGCUCGCCCCAAUGGUGCGCUCCGGCGAACUACCCUCUCGCCUUCUAGCCCUAAAAUACGGCGCCGACCUCGUCUGGGGCCCCGAAACAAUCGACAAAUCCCUUAUCGGCUGCAUCCGACGCGUCAACCCUCGCAACGGCUGUAUCGAAUUCGUCCGUUUCCCCUCCAACGGCGGCCGUCCAGAUAUUUCAUCCAAAGCAUCUGUGAUCAGCCGUAUUGACACAGUGCGCGAGAAAGGACGCAUGAUCUUCCAACUUGGUACCGCGGACCCCGACCUCGCAGUGCAAGCUGCUCGCCUCGUCGCAGCCGACGUCUCAGGAAUCGACGUCAACUCAGGCUGUCCUAAGCCUUUCAGUACUAGCGGUGGCAUGGGCGCCGCGCUACUGCGCACACCGGACAAACUCGUAUCGAUCCUCGAGGCGCUCGUUCGCGAAGUCGGAGAACCCUUCAAAAUCGGUAUCUCGGUCAAGAUUCGUAUUCUUAGUGAUCCCGAGAUGACGAAGAGUCUUGUCUCGCGACUUGUGCGUACCGGUAUCACUGGUUUGACUGUGCACUGUCGUACGACUCCGAUGCGUCCUCGCGAGCGCGCAAUCAGAGACCAGCUUCGUAUGAUUGCGGAUAUUUGCCACGAGGCUGGUGUGGCUUGUGUCAUGAACGGCGAUGUUGAGAACCGUGAUUCGGCGCUGAAGAUGAUGGAGGAGUAUGGUGUUGACGGUGCUAUGAUUGCUACAUCUGCUGAGGCGAAUUCUUCAUGCUUCCGCUCGGAGGCUGAUGGUGGUCUUGCGCCUUGGCGGGAGGUUGUCCACGAAUACGUGAAGUUCUGCAUCGAGAGCGAGAACCGAUUCGGAAACACAAAGUACCUGCUUAAUAUGCUUAUUCCCGGCAAGAACAAGGAGUUUGGUCAGGCGAAGGCGUCGAAGACCUAUACUGAUGUCUGUCGGAAUUUGAAAUUCGACGAUCUCAUUCCUGGUGCGAUUUGUCUCGAUGAGAUUCUUCAAUUGAGUGGGAAGUGGGAAGAGGCUCCUGCCGAGGAAGAAAAGGUCCGGUCUAAGGCUAUUCAGAAUGCUAUGGCGAAUAACGAGUCAGCUCGUGCGGCUGGUGGUCAAGGUGCCAGAUCAAAGUCUAUCUCUGCGCCUUCCCAUGCCGGUGGUCCGAUUCGUACUUUGGGUAUCCCAGAGCCUUCGGCCAUGAAGCCUGAAUCUGAUGCUUCUGUCGAUGUCUCUAUUCCUGCGACGGAGGUAGUUCAGAAACAUGAGGUAGCGGCAUAA